CGCCGCCGCCGCCGUGCCGGAGUCGAAAGGACCCGGCCGCCGCCCCGCCGCGCCUCCCGCUCGCCGCCGGCUCUCUUUCCUCGGACUCACUCCAACAGCCUGUUAAAAGAUGGUGGAUUACUAUGAAGUUCUAGGCGUGCAGAGACAUGCCUCAGCCGAGGAUAUUAAAAAGGCGUACCGGAAAUUGGCACUCAAGUGGCAUCCCGAUAAGAACCCUGAGAAUAAAGAAGAAGCAGAGAGAAAAUUCAAGCAAGUAGCUGAGGCAUAUGAGGUGUUAUCAGAUGCCAAAAAACGGGACAUCUAUGACAGAUAUGGCAAAGAAGGGUUAAAUGGUGGAGGUGGAGGUGGAAUUCAUUUUGACACUCCGUUUGAUUUUGGCUUCACAUUCCGUAACCCAGAUGAAGUCUUCAGGGAAUUUUUUGGUGGAAGGGACCCGUUUUCAUUCGACUUUUUCGGUAAGUUCAUUGUUCUGUUGGCAUGACCAUGACUCCGCUGAGAUGGGCAUCCUUUUCUGUUCCAUCACCAUGGCACCCUGUUGUUUGGCUUUGUUUAAGCAGUGUAGGGGUUCUAAAAUCCAUUUUUCUUCCUCUCUGGCAGAGGUUUCUGAGUGGACGC